AUGAAGAAUCUAUUCCUAAACUUUUUCUUUGUCGCAGCAGCAAUUGCUGCCCCCGAUUCGCGCCGCUGUCGAUGCCAACCUCAUCAGCCCUGCUGGCCGUCACCACAACAGUGGAAUGCCCUCAACCGCUCGAUUGACGGCAAUCUCGUCGCAGUGCAACCUGUUGCCGCCCCCUGCCACAUAGACCCCAAUAGCACUGCUUGCCAGGAAGUCACGGCGCAAUGGUCCAACUCCGUCUGGCGCGCUGCUCAGCCCGGUGCCGUGCAAUGGGAGAACUGGGAAGCCUGGCCGGAACACAAUGAGAGCUGCUAUCUCGAGACUGCGUCGGAUAUGCCGUGCAAACAGGGGCGUGUCUCCCUCUACUCCGCUGUGGUCCAGUCCGCGCGCCACAUCCAGGAGGCUGUGCGGUUUGCAAAGCGGCACAACAUCCGACUUGCGAUCAAGAACUCCGGCCAUGAUUUUCUUGGACGCUCGGCGGCUCCGAACUCUCUUCAGAUCCUGACCAACCGAAUGAAAGGAAUCCAAAUCGUGGAUGAUUUCGUUCCGAAGGGGGCGCCGAAACAUAAACGUGAAGGUCCCGCUGUGACGCUGGAUGCGGGCAUCAGUCUGCAGGAGAUGUAUACUGCUCUUGGCAAGCGGAACAGGGCAGUCGUGGGGGGCUCUGCUCAUACCGUUGGGCCGGUUGGAGGAUAUAUCCAAGGGGGCGGUCAUUCCUUCCUAGGGCCAUGGAAGGGGAUGGCGUCGGAUCAUGCCUUGGAGUUCAGUGUCGUCACGGCGGCUGGAGAUCUAGUCACUGCCAAUGCCUACCAGAAUUCGGAUCUGUUCUGGGCACUGCGGGGAGGUGGAGGAGGCACCUUUGGCGUCGUCACCAAAGUCACCGUACGUACAUUCGAGGAAGUCCCCCUCGUCAUCACCACCAUGAACAUCACCACCGCCGGUGGAGAUCCUGCCUUUUGGACGGCCGUCUCCGACUUCCAUGCUGCGCUACCAGCCUUGACCGACGCCAGAGGAGGCGGAUACUACUUCAUGCUUCCGAAUCUGCCAUGGGCGCAGAAUCAGAGCCUCUCGGUGUUGUCAUUUAUGCUCUUCCACGCAAAUGCAAGCAACACGACGCAGAUUGACCAGGUCUAUCAGCCCCUGUUGAAGACCCUCAAUGCGACCGCCGGCGUGUAUAGUCAGUACACCUCCUUUGCCAUGCCCAGUUUCCACGAGGCAAUUGCCAAGCUUUUGCUUCUCGGGGAUUCGGACGUGACCGGUGGAGUCAGCCUGCUCGCCUCGAGGCUGUUCUCGAGAGACCUCCUCGCCUCCAAGGACGGACCGGGCAGGCUCGUUUCUGCCAUGAGGAAAUUCCGCUAUGCGCCCGGGGAAUCCGUCAUCGGCAACGUGGUGGGAGGCGGCGCCGUGGCAGAGAACGCUGGCAAAGUGGACAGUGCCCUCAACCCGGCUUGGAGGAAGACGCUUGUGCAUGUCGUGUACAGCCGCCAGUGGAGCGCCAAUGCCACUCUGGCGGAGCAACAGGCCAUCAUCAAGAAUGUUACGGAUGUGGAGCUGCCAAUCCUGCAGGGAGUCGAGGGUGCAAACGCGAUGGGCGCGUACGUGAACGAGGCUAAUGCCUACGAACCCAAUUUCCAAGAGUCCUUCUGGGGCAGAAAUUACCCUCGUUUGUACAAGAUCAAACAGAAAUGGGAUCCGGCUGGUCUUUUCGUCGCGCGCAAGAUGGUUGGCAGCGAGGAUUGGGAUGGUGAGGGGCUUUGCCGGGUUGCAAAGUGA